AUGCGAACGUGCAUAUCACGAAUAAUUUCGCAUUCUUCUUCCGUUCCACGCAGACUGAUGGCAUCGACGCGUAUGGCACAUAUCAGCACAGCAACCUCUUCAUCGUCAUUUCCGAUCCAUGGUCUGCUGCCAAAGCAGGCCACCAAGGUCGAGUCUUUCAGGGAGAAAUUUCCCAACUAUGAUGGACGCAAUGUACGUGUAGCUGUACUGGAUACGGGUGUAGACCCUGCCGCACUGGGCCUUGAUGGACCUAAUAAGGUGGUGGAUAUCAUUGACUGCUCCGGAGCAGGCGAUGUCAAACUCCAGGAAGUGGCCGCCAAGUUUAAUGCAGAUCGUUCCACACUGCAACUGGUCUCUCCCACCACGAAGCGCACGCUUCUGGUGGACCCAUCAUGGCCUAACCCCUCAGGCGUGUGGAAAGUUGGCACGAAACGUGCCUAUGAUUUAUGGCCAACGUCGCUCGUCGAGCGACGCACGAGGGAGCGAAAGCAGGCGUUUGAUGUAAGUCACUCUGCUCUUUUCCAAAAAGCACUGAAUGAUCUUGCGACAUACGAAGCGAACGAAGGGGCCGAGAAGCCGAGCGAUAAAAACGCCGCUGCGCAGCACCAUGAAGAUCUCAAGGCUCGAGUAGCUGUGUUGAAAGAUCUUGCCAAGAACUGGAAAGACCCUGGACCUGUGCUUGAGGCUGUGGUAUUUCAUGACGGUGUGAACUGGCGCGCUGUGGUCGGUGGCGCUGAGGGGGAUGUCGUGGAUCCCUCGCAGGGCGAGCCUGCCGCGUAUCGCCACAAUGUAAUUGACCUGCGCUCCAAACCACGCAUGACAGACUAUCGACUGGAGCGAGAGUGGUCGUAUUUUGGCGAAAUGGACCUUUUGACGUUCUCGGUCAAUAUUGUGGGCGAUGGUGACGUACUUUCGAUUGUGACAUUGUCGGGCACACACGGCACGCAUGUCGCUGGCAUUAUAGGUGCCAAGACCCAAGACCCUGCCACGGAUGGGGUGGCUCCUGGCACUGAGAUUGUGAGCCUGCGCAUCGGUGAUGCGCGUCUCGGAAGCAUGGAGCAGGGACAAGCGCUCCUCCGCGCUGCACAGGCGUUGAUCGAUACGCGCUGCGAUGUGGCCAAUAUGUCGUAUGGUGAAGACGGAGCCUUUGGUGUGGAAGACAAGGGAGCCUUUGCCAAUGCGCUCAAGCGUGUCAUCCGCGAGCAUGACGUGUGCUUCGUGAGUUCGGCAGGCAACAACGGACCUGCGCUUACGACAGUGGGACAGCCCGGCGGUACGACAUCCGGCGUGUUGAGUGUGGGUGCGUAUGUAAACGAAGGCGACAUGCAACAGGCGGAGUAUGCGUUGGUCGAGCGUGGUGUGCCAUCGAGUGUGACGACUUGGUGCAGUCGUGGCCCCACUGCCGAUGGCGCUGCCGGAGUGUCGAUUUACGCGCCAGGAGCCGCUAUCACGUCGAUCUGCCGCUAUGCCCUGCAGUCGACGCAGCUGAUGAACGGCACGUCGAUGAGCAGCCCCAACGCGGCAGGCGCCGUUGCUUUGCUUGUCAGUGCGUGUAAGGCAGAGAGUAUUCCGCCGACGCCUUUCCGUAUCUUCCGUGCCAUUCAGGAAACGGGCGUGGACGUGCAAGAUCCACAGGGUGUCAAAUUUCUGGACGUGGAAAAGGCGUGGGAAUAUAUUGUGGCGCACCGUGAUGAUCCCUAUGCGGAUGCAGACAUGCAGGUGAGCGUUACGCCUCCUGGCAAGCCACUUGGUGUGGUCGACCGUCGCGGUGUGUACUUGCGCGGCACGGAGGAAACGCAUCGCACAACGCAGUUCCUGGUGACGGUGCAGCCCAGCUUCCGUGCCGGUGAAACAAAACGUGCGUAUGCGCUCGAUGUCAAGGCGUCGCUUUGUGCCACACAGCCAUGGGUGCAUGUGCCUGACUUCCUCGCACUUGGCAGCAAUGGCCGUACGUUUGAAAUUCGUGUGGCUGCUGAUACUCUUCCGCCCGGUCUGCACACGGCCUGCGUCGUGGGCCGUGACACAGAGCGCAACGGGACAGUCGUAUUUGACGUGCCUAUCACGGUCGUCAAGCCAGUGGUGCCAUCGCAUGCGACGUACAAGUACCCACGUGUGCGCUUGUCGUCGGGUGAGAUCCGACGCGAGUUUGUGCAUGUACCGAGUGGCGCCACUUGGGCUGAUGUGUGCGUGCGGAGUAUGAACCACGAAGCGCCCAACACGAGCGUUCGUUUCUGGCUGCAUAUGCUGCAGCUUGUGCCCCAGCGCCGUCUGAGCCGCGUAGAGCAUCACUUCGUGCUCGCUCUGAAUGAAAAUGAGCCGAUGAGCAAACGUAUUCCUGUGCACGGUGGCAUGACGCUCGAGCUGUGCGCGGCGCAAUUCUGGUCGAAUAAGGCUGGAUUUGAUCUUGAGAUGGAUGUCGAGUUCCAUGGUCUUGACACGGUGCCUCAAGUCUCGGGCCACACGGGCCAGGGUCUGGUGAAGCUCGAUGUCGCUAGUCUCGUGCGGUGUGAAGAGCUGAAGCCGAGUGUGUCGCUCGACACCCACCGGACGUUUGUGCGUCCAUCGAAGCAUGUGUUGCGUCCGCUACGUGACGCGCGCGACAGGCAGCCCUCUGGUCACCACCUGCAUGAGCUUGUGCUCGAGUAUCCUCUGUCUGUGAAGGAGGCAGGCUCAUGGACAUGGCAAACGCCGCUCAGUGGCUAUGUAUACGACGCCACAACGACGCUGCUUACGCAGCUGAUCGAUGUGAACCAGGCCCCUGUGGCGUUCGGUGACGUGUACUCUAAGCCCGUGGAGCUUGUCAAGGGCGAGUACACGCUGCGUGUGCAAGCGUUGCAUGAGAAUGCCGCGGUGCUCGAGGCGCUCCAGGCUCUUCCGCUUGCGCUUGAACACAAACUGAAAAAGCCCAUCUCGCUGGACGUGUAUCGUGACCAUGUCGACUUGACGGCCGGAGCUCAUGCCGCCAAAGAAGCUCUCAAGCUGCACAAAGGCGAGAGAGCUGUUCUUUCUAUUUCCACGGCCCUGGAUAACGAGCAGUGGCCCAGCGAUGCUAAAUUGGGCGAUGUCGUGCUGGGCACUCUGACGCUGGGUGGACAUGCCAAGGUGCCCAUCGAGGUCGUGUUAGGUCCGGCGCCACCCUCAUCGGUACCAAAGGAGACAGACGAUGCUCCGACGCUGCCGAUGCUGCUAGCAGGCUUGGUGAGCAAGGUGCCCAAGGAGGAAAAGUAUAACUUUGUGGACCAGCUGUUGCACGACUAUCCCAACGACUUGUCUAUCAACCUCGCAGCCAUGGACGCUAGCGAUACGGAUGAUGCCGUUAUAGGGGCUGCUCAGAACGCGCGCUCCUGCAUCGAUGAGACGGGCUUGCUUCUGUGGCUCGGCACACAACAGCCGCCAGCCGCAGAGCAGACGCACGAGCAAAAGGCCAAGGCCAAAGAGAUGCAGGCGCAAAAGGCUGCUUUGGUCCGGACUCUCGUGCGAGAAGCGCAAGCGUACAGAACACUGGGCCACAAGGGGCCAGCGAUUCAGGCCAUGGUGCAUGCUCGACAGUUCAUGGACGCAGCUGACGCACCGACCAAGGCGACGCACGCGAACCUACUCAUCGGCUGGCACCAGGACCAUGCACGCUAUGGCUACGCACUUCAGAUGGUACAAAAGCAGCUCGAGGAGCUGGGUCGGGGUGCCAGCGAUACCAAGCAGGAUCUACAUCGGGCACAAGACUUGCAGAUAGAGCUACUGGGCCACCUUCAGUGGGAUGUAUGGCAGCAUCACCUACAGCGGUGGACGUGGCUUGGGCGCCCUGUGGAUGGAGCUCCGCCCUUUUAA